CAGCUAGUAGGUAGCACACAGAGCUCUGGAUAGCGUAGAUAAUGGUUGUUUUUUGACGUGUGUUACUGGUUGAACCUAAUUUUGUGGUAUUUAGAACCAUUUUAACGAGGCGAAGAACCUUUUAAUUAGUCGUUUUUGAAGAUACUCAACUUUCUUAAAGAGUUUUUGGUUUAAAACUAGUAAUCAUGGCCUGGUACCCGUUGAGCCCUGCUGGUACCCCAGUCCUGAGCAGCUUGAGGAGCUUCUUCUCGGGCCUGAACCCCUUCAGCGGUGAACGCAAACGGCUGGAGAGGUGGAGGUAUGAGGAGAUGUGGAGAGAGAAGGAGAGACAGCAACAGCUCAUGACUGCCAUCAAGGAGAAAGAGAGGGAGAUAGAGAUGAAAAAGAAAGAACUGAUGGAGAAGACGAAGAAGCAGGAGAAAAGGAUGCUGCAGGAGGAGAAGAAGAAGCAGAAGCAGCAAGAGAUGGAGAGACAAAAGGAGCUGGAGUUGAUCCAGUGGAGGUUAAAGGUGAAGAUAAUGGAGGAGGAGAGCAAAGAAAGGCAGGAGGAGAUUAGGAGGCUCAGGAAGCUGGAGAAGAAGCUUCAGCUGAAGGAGCUGAGAGAGAGGGAGGUGUCGACUAGACAGGAGGACCUGAUUCAGCAGAAAUGUUACUUAGAAGAUGAGGAAGACACUCUGCUGAAGACGACAUGGCCUGAAACCACCUCCACCUGGCCAAAAGCAGAAGAUCAGAAGUUCCAGCUCCCAGAACAGCUGAAAACCUCCUACCGCUCCUACCUGGAGGCUCUGACUCCAUCACCCCUGGAGAACACCAGGAGGAACCUCAGCAACAUCGAGGAGCAGCUGGAGAUCCUCCAGAGGAAAGUGUUUGGGCUCUCCGGACCAGUCAAUGUGACUGUGUGGAACGGAGAGUUCAAGAAGGAAGAGAAAAGAGAGAGAGUGGAGGAAAAGAAAGAAGAAGAAGAAAAAGAAGAGAUGAGCUUUCUGCUAGAACAACCGAGAGAAAGAGAACAAGAGCAGGACGAUUUACAGACAGAGAUACAGAAGCUCUGGACCACCGCAAUAAAGGAGUGCAGAACAGAAGCACCAGAAGAGAAGGAUGAGAGAGACCUCAAGAAAGAAGAAUGGAGGGAUGAGGAUGAGAAAAGAAAAGAGCAAGGAAAGUUGGAGGAGCUAGAGGAGUCCUUCCUAAAGAUGAAGAGAGAGAUGGAGAGGGUCAGGAAGGCGAAGGAAGAGAGAGAGACGACCCUGAGAAAAGAAAUGGAGAGAAAGAGAGAGCAAGAAAGAGAAGAGAUGGAAAGUCAGAUGAUGGAGAGAGAGAGGCAGAUGGUGGAGGAGCUGCAGAAACAGCUAAGAGAAAUGGAGAGAGAAAGAGCGAGACAAAAAGAGCUGGAGAGGGAGAAAGAAGAACGACAGAGGGAGGAGGAAGAGAGACUGAGAGAGAAAGAGAGGAGGAUGAAGGAAGAGGAAGACAUGAUUCGUAGAAAAGAGGAGGAGGAAUGGAAGCAGAAGUGUUUGGAGAUGGAGAAAAAGAGGCAGAAGCUAAGACUUCUGGAGGAGGAACAAGAGAAGAUGGAUAGAGAGAGGAGGCUAAUGGAGGAAAAGAAGAGAGGAGAAGAGGAGAAGCUUUCUGAGAUGGAGAGAAAGUUUGAGGAAGAACAAAUUAAGAGAAAGAGAAUGGAGAGAGAGAUGGAGAGGAGAAAGAAAGAAAUUGAAAGAGAAGAAGAAGAGGAGAAGAGGAGGAAGGAGAUUUUUGAGGAAGAGGAGAAGCUUAAGGAGAUGGAGAGAAAGCUUGAGGAAGAACGAACGAAGAGAAAGCUUGAAGAAGAGAGAAUGGAGAAGAGAAAGAAGGAAAUUGAAAGAGAAAAGGAAGAGGAGAAGAAGAGGAGGAAGGAGAUUGAGAACGAGGAAAAGCUUAAGCAGGAGAUAGAGAGGAAGCUUGACGGACAGAGAAUGGAGAGGAGAAAGAAAGAAAUUGAAAGAGAAGAAGAAGAGCAGGAGAAGAGGAGGAAGAAGAUUUUUGAGGACAAGGAGAAGCUUAAGCAGGAGAUGGAGAGAAAGCUUGAAGGAGAGAGAAUAAAGAGAGAGAUGGAGAAGAGAAAAAAGGAAAUUGAAAGAGAAGAAGAAGAGCAGGAGAAGAGGAGGAAGAAGAUUUUUGAGGACAAGGAGAAGCUUAAGCAGGAGAUGGAGAGAAAGCUUGAAGGAGAGAGAAUGAAGAGAGAGAUGGAGAAGAGAAAAAAGGAAAUUGAAAGAGAAGAAGAAGAGCAGGAGAAGAGGAGGAAGAAGAUUUUUGAGGACAAGGAGAAGCUUAAGCAGGAGAUGGAGAGAAAGCUUGAAGGAGAGAGAAUGAAGAGAGAGAUGGAGAAGAGAAAAAAGGAAAUUGAAAGAGAUGAGGAAGAGGAGAAGAAGAGGAGGAAGGAGAUUGAGAACGAGGAGAAGCUUAAGAAGGAUAUGGAUAGAAAGCUUGAAGGAGAGAGAAUGAAGAGAGAGAUGGAGAAGAGAAAAAAGGAAAUUGAAAGAGAAGAACAGGAAGAGAAGCUUAAGAAGGAGAUGGAGAGGAAGCUUCAAGGAGAGAGAAUGCAGAGAGAAAUGGAGAAGAGGAAGAGGGAGAUUGAGAAAGAAGAGAAGGAGCAGGAGAAACAGGACGUUUUGAUCCCACUGGAUCAAACGAAGAAAGAGAGAGUCAUGGAGGAGGAGAAGAAGGAAGAUCCAUCAAGCGAGGAGAAAGAGAUAAUGGUGGGAGAAACAUCAAAAGAGGAAGUGAAGAACAUCGAGGAAAUGAGGAAGCUUCACAUGGAGAAGGAAAAGCAGAGGAAGAAGGAGAUGAUGAAGAGGAUGUUCGCUCCAGGUGGGCUCAUCUUCAGGCCGCAGCAGGAGGAUGAUCAGCGGAGGCCUGUCAGAAGACAGAGGGAGGAUCUGAAGCCCUCCUCAUGCAGUGUUGAGGAGCAUCAGAAGACGGAAGAGGAAACGGAGAAACCACCACGCCCCUGCUGGCCUGUUUCCUCAAACGGAGAAGCAGUGGUCAUCACUGUAAAGCCCCUUCACCCAUUCCCAGAAGAAGAGGGCACUGAACUGGGCACCUCCUCCUCUGGUGCCAGUGCAAAGAGCAGCAUCGGUGGAGAAGUUGAGGAGGUCUUUACUGAGCCGGAUCCCAGUGAAGCAGAAGAUCAGACCUCCCUCAACCAGUCCAACACCUCAACACCAGCUGAUACAACCAGUGAGAUCCAACCCAACAACCAGCAGAAAGGUGUAGUGAACUGGAUCAGCAAGAAACUGCACCAGAGACACGAGAGAGCCAUCGAGAAGAGCAUACAGAGAGAGAAGAAGCACGGCAACAAGUUCUGCUUAGUCAGAAUGCCCGAAGCCGACAGACUGGUUCGGAUCUCGGAGUACGAGAAGAUGAAGCGGCAGAGGAUGCAGAUCAAGGAGGAAAACCGGCAGGAGAUGAUAAAGAAGUGGAACGACUGGCAGGAGAAACGUGCCGCAAAGAAGGCUGAGAAGAAGGAGAGGAAGGAGGAGAAGAAGAAGAGAGAUCAGGCAGAGAAGGAGGCUUAAAGAGGAAGAACAAAACAGAUAAACCCAGUCAAGCUCAGCCAAGCUACACUGAAAAAGAAAAUGUUUUUUUUACAUGAAAAUAUUUUGUAUCGGUUGUAAUAAAGUUGUAUACUCAUGCUGAACAUCUAUAUAUAUUUUUGGUUCACCGAACAUGACUUUCCCUUGUGAAAAAGAAGUAUACUUAAAUUACACUGAAAUAG